CCAGAGCGGUUUUCAUUCUCGGCUCUGGCGCGUUAAGUGCAGCAUUGUGUUACGGACAGAGGAAAAAUGAGAUGUAAGGCAUCUGCUCGAUGGUGAGUGUCCACACAGCCCCCUCCCACCGGGGAUGGCGAGCAGCAGGGGCGAGGAAGCGCCGCGACCAUUUUAUUUCCUGUGCUUGCGGUUGUGCUAUUUCAGGCGGUGGUUGCGUCGCUGGAUGCUGCGUCAUGGGCCGGGGGGGCGUAAGCCUGCCUGAGGGAGCAGCAGCUGCCGUGCUACCGUCCAGAUCCUCGUUAGAAAGUCUUGAAGGGACUUUGACCCGAACCACGAGCCCGUGCUCUGCUCAACCCAUCGUGCCCUGGCCCAGCGUGCCGCGGCCGGAGAGGACGCAGCGGCAGCAUGUGGAGGAUGCAGCGUGCACCAGCACGGCCCAGCUGAGGGCAAACCUGUGGCCCCCGCUCGGCACAGAGCCCCCGUCCCGAGAGCUGCCCUGAGACACCUCCCCUCGGACCAGGCGGAGCAGGGCGAGAUGCUCCUGAGCCCUUCCCCGGGGACUUCGCCUUCUGAUGGCAAAGAGCAGGAGCAGCAGCCGAAGCGACCCCGCGGCAGGAGCCGCCGCCAGCCCCGCUCGCUCCGCUCCUCCGGGCGUCCAGCCUUGUUUUGAAGGGAGCUAACAUGGCGACGGUGCCCGUCUAUUGCAUCUGUAGGCUGCCCUACGACGUAACCCGCUUCAUGAUCGAGUGCGAUGCCUGCAAGGACUGGUUUCACGGCAGCUGUGUGGGUGUUGAAGAAGAAGAGGCACCAGAUAUUGACAUCUAUCAUUGUCCAAAUUGUGAGAAAACCCACGGGAAGUCUACUUUGAAAAAGAAAAGAAACUGGCAUAAACAUGAUACUGGACAGACUACAGAGGUCAAGCCUGUACAGAACGGGAGCCAAGUCUUUAUAAAAGAACUUCGAAGUCGUACUUUUCCAAGUGCUGAAGAUAUAGUCGUGAAAGUGCCAGGCAGCCAACUAACAACAGAGUAUUUGGAAGAAAAUGGCUUUGCAGAGCCCAUCCUUGUCCCAAAGAAGGACGGCCUGGGAUUGUCUGUACCUGCACCCACCUUCUACGUCAGCGAUGUUGAAAACUACGUCGGACCGGAGAGGAGUGUUGAUGUCACUGAUGUCACCAAACAGAAAGACUGCAAGAUGAAGCUCAAGGAAUUUGUGGAUUACUACUACAGCACAAACAGGAAAAGGGUCCUCAAUGUGACCAACCUGGAGUUCUCAGACACGAGGAUGUCCAGUUUUGUAGAGCCUCCAGAUAUAGUUAAGAAGUUGUCCUGGGUAGAAAACUAUUGGCCUGAUGAUGCUCUUCUGGCUAAACCAAAAGUUACCAAGUACUGCCUGAUUUGUGUGAAGGACAGCUACACAGAUUUCCACAUAGAUUCGGGAGGAGCUUCUGCAUGGUACCAUGUGCUGAAGGGAGAAAAGAUAUUUUAUCUCAUCAAACCAGCCUCUGCAAAUAUUUCGCUUUAUGAACGCUGGCAAUCGGCAGCAAACCACAGUGAGAUGUUUUUUGCAGACCAAGUAGAUAAAUGCUACAAAUGCACAGUUAAACAAGGACAGACACUCUUCAUUCCAUCAGGUUGGAUUUAUGCAACUCUAACACCUGUAGACUGCCUGGCCUUUGCAGGACAUUUUCUACAUAGUCUAAGUGUUGAAAUGCAGAUGAGGGCAUAUGAAGUAGAAAGACGAUUGAAAAUUGUCAGUCUGACCCAGUUUCCAAACUUCGAAACUGCAUGUUGGUAUAUGGGAAAGCAUCUGCUAGAGACAUUCAAAGGUUUGCAUAAAGCUGGGCAACAACCUCCUGCUCAUUUACUCCAAGGAGCAAAAAUUCUCAAUGGUGCUUUCAGGUCAUGGACUAAAAAACAGGCUUUAGCAGAGCAUGAAGAUGAGCUACCAGAAAACUUCAAACCAGCACAACUUAUCAAGGACCUUGCCAAAGAAAUAAGAUUAAGUGAGAAUGCUUCAAAAGCCAGCAAAGCAGACACGAGUGCCAACACAAAUGCUGAGGAAAUCUGUCCUGUGGAGAAGGAGGAGACACCAUCACCAGUCCAAGUGACGCCUCCACCCCCACCUGUAGAAAAGCUCCCUAAAAAAAAGACUCCCAAAACUGUGAAAACUCCUAAACAACUCAAGCCAUCCAAACCCCCCAAACCUCCCAAGCCACCCAAACCCCCUAAGCCUCCCAAAACACCAAAAGUUAAGGGAGAAGGAAAAAAGAAAGGAAAGAAGGCAAAAGAAAGUCCACCACCAGCCAUCCCGAAUCUUGACUUGCUGGAGGCACACACAAAGGAGGCUUUGACAAAGAUUGAGACGCCAAAGAAGGGGAAGGCUGCAAAGAAUGUUUUAAGUGUUCCCAAUAAGGAAACUGCUAGUAAGCAGAAUGAGGUGGAGAAAUUUGAAGUUCGAGAGCAAAAUAAAAGCAAAACAGAAGCCAAAUGGAAAUACAAGAACAGUAAACCUGAUUCCCUUCUAAAAAUGGAAGAGGAACACAAAUCAGAAAAGACACCUUUAUCAGGAAAUAAGGACAACAAAUUUACAUUUUCUUUCUCUAAUAAGAAGUUGCUUGGUUCAAAGGGAGUCAAACCCCAACUGAAUACUAGUGUGUUUGGGUCACUGCAGAAUUUUAAAGAAGACAAAGCAAAACCUGUACGAGAUGAAUAUGAAUAUGUGUCAGAUGAUGGCGAACUAAAAAUUGAUGAGUUUCCAAUCAGAAGGAAGAAAAACACUACAAAAAGAGAACUGUCCUUUCUAUCAGAUAAAAAAGAUACUCUGCAGCACACUCCUGUUAAGAAGCCAAAGGUGGAGUCGGUAUCAUACAAGCAGAGCGAUGACUCGUCAGAUGAAGAUUUGCUUCACAUUGACACAGAGGCAAAGCCAGGGCGCAAUUCCAAAGUAAAGAAAGAGAGUGGAAGUUCAGCAGGAAUUCUUGAUCUUUUGCAAGCAAGCAAGGAAGUUGGGGGUUUAGAGUAUAACACCAACAGUCAGCCACCUGCCUCACCCAGCACGCAGGAAGCAAUCCAGGGCAUGCUAUCGAUGGCAAACCUCCAGUCAUCAGAGUCCUGCCUCCAGACAUCAUGGGGUACCAAUCAGGCAAAGAAUAACUCCAUCUCCACACAAAACUCUAAAAAAGCGGGUGGUGGCAGCAACAAAAAUGCCGGGAAGCGGUUACUAAAGAAAAGCACAAAGAACAGUAUUGACAUCGAAGAUUACGAUGAAGAUCAGGACCACUUAGAUGCCUGUUUUAAAGAUUCAGAUUACGUUUACCCUUCUCUCGAAUCAGAUGAAGAUAAUCCAGUAUUCAAAUCCCGAUCAAAGAAAAGGAAAAGUUCAGAUGAUGCCCCUUACAGUCCAACGGCACGAGUUGGCCCCUCAGUGCCUCGACAAGACAGACCAGUGCGAGAGGGCACGAGAGUCGCCUCCAUUGAAACUGGACUCGCCGCUGCCGCUGCAAAGUUGUCACAGCAGGAGGAACAAAAAGGCAAGAAGAAAAAAAAUACCAAAAAGAAGCUGUCAACCAACAACGCGAACAAACUGGCUCAGGAAGGCAGCUCGCCAGAGCCGAAGCUGGAGUCACAUGCCAGCAGCCUCACAGACCACGAGUACACUGCAGGGGCCAGCACCUUUGGGGUCGCCCAGCCUAACAGGGGAUCGCAGCCGAUGGCACCCGGUGUUUUCCUCACACAGAGGAGACCCUCAUCAUCCUCGCAGAACAAUGCCUCCGCCAAAGGGAAGCGCACGAAGAAGGGGAUGGCCACGGCCAAGCAGCGGCUCGGCAAGAUCCUGAAGAUCCACCGGAACGGGAAGCUGCUGCUCUAGCGGCGGGGCCGGCGGGGCGUGCCGCCCGGCUCCGGGCCACCGCGCCCGUCAUCCCUUUAACUUUCAGCGGUCGGAGUGUACAGAAUCCUGCUAUAAAUAUUUUUUAAUAUAGAUGUCCUUUCUCAGAGCGCUGAGAGUGACUAGCCGCCAAAAGUUAAUACUAACCCCGGCCGGGCGGGGCCUCCCCUCAGGCGCCGGGCGGGCGGCGGGGGGCGGCCGGGCCGGGCCGGGGGGCCCGGGGGGCCGGGGCCGGGCCGCCGGGCGCGUUUCUCAGGCAACCCCCGUCGCCCUGUGUAGCUGCGUUUCCCGAGGCACCCUUUUCCUAGAAUGUAGCUUGUACAUAGCUUUUGGAAUAACCACCACCGGUUUUUUAUAAGGGGAAAGUCUCUCCGGGGCGCCGCCCGCCGGUACCAGCUCUUUGCGUAACUUCUUGUACGAGGAGGGAGACAGUUAUUUUACUAGCACCUUGUGGAGUGUUUCCGUGUUUUGUGACGAUGUAAUUUAUUAAUGUUUGUAGCUUUUUAUAUUUGUACAUUUCUUAUGGGCUUUGUUUAUAUACACACAUUACCGGGGCGCGGCGCCCGCGGGGAACCAGAGCCACCUGCGGCCGCGGGCGAGGGCCGCGCCAGCCUGGGCGUCGCGCCGGCUUUUUUAUUAUGAUUAUUAUUAUUAUUAGUAUUAUUAUUUUUUCGCGACAUGUACAUUUCUAACAAAGUUUAUCGUGGCUAUCUAUCUAUGACGGUGUUUUAUUUACCGAUUCAUAUCAAAUGCUCUUGUAUCGAGUUCACGAAAUCUAAGUAAACCUAGAGCAAAGUUUAAAAAAAGAGAAAAAAGGAAAAAAAAAAAAAGGCAAAGUAAACUAUUUCAGGUUUUGUACA